CGCAACCAUCGCCAUCUUUGAAACUCAGGAGGUGUGCACCAUCAACUCUGUCCACAAGUUAGUUUAAUUUAGACAACGUUACACACAACUACUUUGUCCGAGAAUGGCUAACCGAAAUAUGCAACAAGUGAACAUGCAAAGCUGUAAUUCUCCGGGGCCGGGGAAACGCGGGACCGACUCCCCGGCCCCGGAGCAGUCCCCGGCGAACAAAGACAGCCCAGCGCCGCAGCAGCAGCAGCAGUCACCCGCGGCCGAACAAGGGGAAGGAGCCGGAGAAGGAAGCGAAGAAGGCCGGGAUGAAAUGACUCUGGAUAUCACGAGUUUUCGGAAGCCAGGUGAGAAGACCUUCACCCAGAGAUCCCGUCUUUUUAUCGGUAAUCUCCCGGUGGAUAUCCCGGAGGAGGAGUUCAAAAACAUGUUCGCUAAAUAUGGAAACAUAAGCGAAGUUUACAUCAACAGAGACCGGGGAUUCGGCUUUAUUCGCUUGGAAACCCGGACGCUGGCAGAAAUCGCGAAAGCUGAGCUGGAUGGGACUAUUUUGAAUAAUCGACCAAUGAGGAUCCGCUUUGCUACACACGGUGCAGCGCUUACUGUGCGCAACCUGUUGCCUGCAGUGACAAAUGAGCUGCUGGAACAGGCGUUUUCUCAGUUUGGGCCGGUGGAACGGGCUAUUGUCGUGACAGAUGACCGCGGUCGUCCCACUGGGAGAGGCAUCGUGGAAUUUGCAAACAAAGCAGCUGCACGUAAAGCCUUGGAGCGCUGCACAGAGGGAGCGCUGCUGCUGACCAACACACCUUGUCCAGCCAUCGUGGAGCCGUCGGAGCACUUUGAUGAUGAGGAUGGACAGCCUGAAAAAUUGCUGCACAAGACACCAAAGUACUAUAAGGAACGAGAGCAGAUGCCACAUUUUGCUCAGCCGGGGACAUUUGACUUUGAAUAUUCGUCUCGCUGGAAAGCUCUUCAUGAGAUGGAGAAACAGCAAAGAGAUCAGGUGGACAAGAACAUUAAAGAGGCUAAAGAGAAACUGGAGGCUGAGCUGGAGUCGGCCAAACAUGAACAUCAGCUCAUGUUAAUGAGACAAGAUCUAAUGAGACGUCAGGAGGAGCUGAGGAGACUGGAGGAGCUACGCAACCAGGAGCUGCAGAGACGACAGCAGAUAGAGCUAAGGCAUGAAGAGGAGAGGAGGAGGAGAGAGGAGGACAUGAUGAGACACAGAGAACAGGAGGACCAGAGACGCCAACCAGACGGCUUCAAACCAAACUACCAGGACAACAGAGAACAGGAAAUGAGAGUGGGUGAUCUGGGCCCUCGUGGAGCCAUUAAUAUGGGAGAUGGCUAUAACCAGGGCUCUCCGAGGCCCGGUGGUAACCAGGGUCAAAUGAUGGGCAUGAGUGGAAGGGGAGGAGCCGUUGGCCCAGAGGGAACUGCAAAUAUGGGGUCACCAUUGAUGUCAGAGAAUGGAGCCAGGCGAAACGAUAGAUUCCCGCAGGGUGGAUCAAUGGGGGGGCGACCAGAAGUUGAGUCCCCAAAGCAGCAACAACAACAACAACAACAGCAGCAGCAGCAGAAGCCACAGCAGCAGCAGCAGCAGCCGCAGCAGCAGAAGCCGCAGCAGCAGCAGCAGCCGCAACAGCAGCAGCAGCAGCAGCAGCAUCAGCAGCCGCAGCAGCAGCAGCAGCAACAGCCGCAACAGCAGCAGCAGCCACAGCAGCAGCAGCAGCAGCAGCCACAGCAGCAGCAACAGCAGCAGCAGCAGCCACAGCAGCAGCAGCAGCCAAUGGGCCCUCAAGCUGGACCAGCCCCAGGAUUUGGGAGAGGGAGUCCAGUAGGGGCCUUUGAUGGGCCAAAUAACAAGCGCCGCAGAUUCUAACUUGUCUCUGAUCACGGAGACACGGUUCUCCUGGAUCUUUUUCUUCCUCAGCCCGAUCAUCCUUUUUCUGUUUUACGUCGACCCACACGCCGGACAGAAUUUUGUAUUUGUUAUUUUUCCAUGUAACGCAAGUUGUCACAGAGGCAUCUAUUUUGUGAUGGAUAAAUAUAUGGCACUUACUUACAAUAUUUAUACGCAAUAUUUUCUAACCCCUCUGUUUUCUGAGUGAACCGGUUUGUGCUGUGUUGUCUGCUGAAUAUUAAAUGUGCAUACAAAGUUAAAAGGCCUUCGGUAGGAACACAAAGGUAUCCAUUGCUUUGGAUACACUUUAUGAAGCUGCUGCAUGGAGUGUUACAUUUUAAAUUAAGAUGAAUUAGAUAGAUAGAAAACAGAAAGAUGUUCCCUGAGUACUUUGUGGUCCUCCCUUUAAAUAUAUACUCUUAGAUAAUUAGAUGUUCAAUCGCCUCGUGAGGGAGUGUUUCUGCAGCGUCGGUGCCUCCUGUAUUUGAUGGUUAAGAGAAAUAAAACACUUUUAGGAA